AACCAUUGCAUAAGGCCUGUUUUCUAGGGAAUAACGCUUUAUUUCCAAGAGCUUUUAGCAGUGAGUGCAGAGUUGCUUGUUCCUUUGUGAACCUCUGAUGCUGGGGUGGCUCAGGCACCAAUGGAGGAGAAAAAGGAUCAGGAGAAAGAGUUGGAUCUUCAAUGGCCGGAGAAAAAACGAGGAAGGGGUUGAAAUGAAUAUGAAUGCUAUCCUAGAAGAGAUUCUGAUUAAAAGGUCUCAACAAAAGAAAAGGACAUCGCCUUUAAAUUAUAAAGAGAGGCUUUUUGUGCUCACAAAAUCCAUGUUAGCCUACUACGAAGGUCGUCCCGAGAAAAAGUACAGAAAAGGAUCGGUUGACAUUUCCAAAAUCAAAUGCGUUGAGACGGUAAAGAAUGAGGAUAUUGUUAUACCUUGUCAAAAUAAAUAUCCAUUUCAGGUUGUCUACGAUAAUAGCACCCUUUAUAUUUUUGCCCCCACUGCCCAUAGUAGGGAUCAGUGGGUAAGAAAUUUAAAAGAAGGUAAUUGCAGUUCUUGA